AUGUUCCGAGCUUGCGCGAUCGCCACCACGGCGCUUGUCGCGUCUGCAUGGGGCGACUCGACGCUGCACAAGAUCACGUCGCUUCCUGGCUACAACGAUCCCAAGCCCAUCAACUUUGACCAGUAUGCCGGCCUCAUUGCGCUGCCGAGCAAUGGCCAAAAGAUGUUUUACUGGCUCGUCGAGUCGGAAUCGAGUCCGUCGACCGACCCGUUGGUGCUGUGGCUCAACGGUGGUCCUGGCUGCUCGUCACUCGGUGGGUUUUUCACCGAGCUGGGUCCGUUUGUCGUUCAGAGCGACAUGACCGUCAAGCGCAACCCGUACGCGUGGAACCGCAAGGCGAACAUGGUGUUUCUCGAUUCGCCGGCCGGCGUCGGGUUCAGCCAGCCUGUCCUGAACGCGUCCGACUACCAUGACGACGUGACGGCGGCGCGGUCCCGCGAGUUCCUCGAGCAAUUUCUCGCGCUGUACCCGCAGUACACGAAUCGCGACUUUUACAUCACGGGCGAGAGCUACGCCGGCAUGUAUAUCCCGUUCUUGGUGCACCAACUCGUAACGGAGCCGGUGGCCGGCCUCCACUUGACCGGGUUCGCCAUCGGCAACCCGUACACAGACCAAAAGAUCGACGGCAAAGCCUACAUGGACUACUAUUACACUCACGGUCUCAUCUCGAUCGAGACGUACCGGGCGGUCGAACGCGACUGCAAACCCACCGAGUGGUGGCUAUGUCAGUUUAACCACCCUGGGUGCUCGUCGCAGUGCGCGGCGACGUACGACGAAGCCGUGGCCAGCGUCGACCUGGAAGAUUUGAACCCAUACUACAUCUAUGGCGACGUGUGCCUGCUCCAAGGCAACCAGUCGCAAGUUCUCAAGUAUCAUGACGUGCGCCCGCUCACCCACCGCGGCAAGAUCCAGCCGUGCACCGACUCGUUCACGACCGUGUAUUUGAACCAGCCGAGUGUGGUCGAAGCGAUCCAUGCCACGGGCGGCACGACGCCGUGGUCAGACUGUAACCCCGCUGUCAGCCGCCAGUACACACUCAGUUUGACUUCACUGGACAAAUACCCGACGAUUCUCGCCGCUGGGUUGAAAGCGCUCAUCUACAGCGGCGACGCGGACGCAAUCGUCAACUUUCUCGGGACGCAGCGCUGGCUCGCCACCGACGUCGGCCUCAACUUGACUGCCACGGAGAAGUGGUCGAGUUGGUUUGGCCCGGACAAGCAGCUCGCGGGGUACACGGAAACCUACGGCAACGUGACGUUCAAAACGGUCAAAGGCGCGGGCCACAUGGUCCCAGCGACGCGCCCCCUCCACGGCCUGUACAUGUUUGAAUGCUUUUUGUACUCGAACCGCGCAUGCACUGCGUUUGCGUACCCCAAGGAUCCGUCCGAGUACUUGAGUGGCGCCGACUUGACCGCUCCCGAGCAAGACAAUCGCCACGUUGAAGGCGCCGUCUGGUGGUGGGUCGGGAUCGCGGCCGCGGUCGCCGUCGGGAUCGCUGUUUGUGUCGUCGUGUUCAAGUCCAACGAGAAGUCGCAGUACGCGAAACUCAACUCGAGCCCGUCCAAGCCUACCCACUAAACGAGUGGAAGUGUGCCAUUACCAGACGGCCCGUCGAUGUGGCAACUCUGAAAUGGUCUCCAUCAAGCAUUCGUUUGAAUUCGACGGUGGCUGGCCAUCCUGGCUCGCCUUGGUGACUUCGUGUAACAUGCAAUGCACCACACUAUGAACAGGCGGCGUUGCUUCUAGU